UAAGAAGACAGAAUUCAACAACGCAAUCAAGUUUUCUCUAACGUGCGUACAGUAUACGAGUGAUGAAAUUGAAACUGAAAACUCCUGUUGAAAAGUGAUUUUUGCGGCCAAAUCUAAAUAUAAACUGUAGUUUUUUUAUUCCAAGUUUAAUCCAACAAAGCAAACAAAUAUUUCUUUAAAGAGCAUACAGUAUAAAAGUGAUAAAUCGUACUUUGUUCAGUUUAAUCCAACAACACAAUCAAGUUUUUCAUCAACAAGCAUACAGUAUACGAUUGAUGAAAUUGGAACUGAAAAGACUUGUUGAUGUAUGAUUUCUUUGGCCAAAUCCAAAUAAGUCUGUAUUUUUUCAUUUCAAGUUUAAUCCAUCAAAGCAAUUUAGUUUUUCUUCAACGAGCAUACAGUAUACAAGUGAUAAAAUAGUAACUAAAAAGAGUGUUGCAGUGUGAUUUUUCACCGAACAAAAAUUGAACUUUGUUAAAUAUUCGUGUGGUUGCCAUGAGGUUAUGCAUGGUGGUUUUGUUACUGUUUAGUGUAACCGUGAAAGGGGACCUGUUCACAGCUCUGGUCGAUUUGGAAGCUCUAGUCGAAACAGAAGCUGUACUCAUCGAUAGACUUUACGAUUACAUUGGUGCAACUGAGCGGCGGCUGUCACAACUUGAAAGACGUGCAGCCGAUUACAGAAAAGUGCACAGUGAGGCGAUUGAAGAUGUGGAUGCCUACCUUCACAAUCCAAUAAAUGCAUAUAAGCUAAUCAAACGGCUCACGAAAGACUGGGAACAGAUGGAAUCGCUAAUGUUUGAUUUUGAUGAGGAGGGGUGGAUAGAGAACCGGGGGCGGUUGAGGUUUCCUUCGGAGGUGGAUGUCCUGGGGGCGGUGACGGCUCUGUUGCGACUCCAAGACACCUAUAAGCUGGACACCUCCUCUCUAGCCCGGGGGCAGCUCAACGGUGUACAGUACACCACUCAAUUAACUGCUGACGACUGUUUUCAGAUAGGUCGACAAUCGUAUAAAAACCGUGACCAUUACCAUACAGUGCAAUGGAUGACUGAAGCCCUUCAACGGUAUCAUUACGCGGAUAACGUUAAACGAUUUCAUCACGAGGAUGACGUCAGACGAAGCGAGAUUCUAGAAUGCCUGGCAUAUUCUAGUUACAAGCAAGGCAACGUACGAUCUGCGUUACAGUUUAAUGAUGAAUUGUUGAAAACUAUUCCCGAUCAUCUAUUUGCCCUCAGCAACCGCACUGUCUACCUGGCAGACCUCAAAAAAGGGAAAAAGGGAAAAAUCGAUCAGCCAGAUGUAGACGAGGUCUACCGGCAACUAUGUCGCAAAGCUGUCUCUCCCUCUCCACAGUUGCUCUCUCAACUGAAGUGUCGCUACGUCCAUAGAAACCAACCAUUCCUCAGGAUCGGCCCACUCAAAGAAGAAGAAGUCUAUCUAGACCCUAGGAUAGUUUUGUAUCAUGACGUCAUCUACAACAGCGAAAUAGAAACCAUGAAGUUGGCACUGCCAAAGCUGCAAAGAGCCACAGUGGGCGAACAAAAGGAAGUGGCCAACUAUCGGAUCAUCAAAUCAGCAUGGCUGGAAGACACCGUUCACCCAUCCAUCGCGCGACUGGUCCGGCGUGUCGAGCUGAUGACGUCACUAACAUUGUCCACAGCGGAAGAUCUCCUUGUGGGCAACUACGGUAUUGGCGGUCACUAUAUGCCACACUACGAUUUUUUAAGAGGAUUUCCUAGGAAUUUUAUUGUUUACAAAGAGGAUCGAAUAGCUACAGUGCUGUUUUACUUGAGUGAUGUAGACCAGGGUGGAGCGACAGUGUUUCCAAAGCUGAAAGUGGCCGUGUGGCCACAGAAGGGAACAGCUGUUUGGUGGUACAACCAGCACCCCAGUGGGGAGUAUGACAAUGCCACAUUACAUGGCGCUUGUCCAGUUCUCGCCGGGUCCAAGUGGAUUGCAACAAAAUGGAUUGAUGAGGAAGGCCAGGUGUUCAGACGACCGUGCAAACUGCACAGAGACAGUCGCAACUGACAACCUCCUAUGACUAAAUAGAAUCAUCUACUAAUAGUUGUGUUGAAUAUCUGUUUUCAAGCAUUUUCUGACUAUAAAACCAUAAUUAUUAUCACAAUAGAGAUAGUUGUGUUGA